AGUUUCCAUCACUUUUCUUCAAGGAAAAAAAAAAAAAUGUAUCCCCCUCCUCCAUCCUAUGACAAUGCAAAAUAUUCACAAGGGUAUGCAGAUGCUAUGAACAUCCCUCCUAGAGAACCCUACCCUCCCUCCAAUCUUGCAACUGGAACACGGUGGUCGACCGGUCUCUGUCAUUGUUGCGAUGACCCUGCAAACUGUUUGAUUACUUGCUUUUGUCCUUGUGUUACGUUUGGACAGAUUGCUGAGAUAGUUAACAAGGGUGACAUAUCUUGUGCAGCUAGUGGUGCAGUUUAUGGGCUUCUAGUGGGCUUUGUGGGCUCAUCAUGCUUGUACUCAUGUUUUUACCGUUCAAGAUUGAGAGGGCAAUAUAACUUGCAGGAGGCACCUUGCGCCGAUUGCUUAACUCACUUCUGUUGUGAACCAUGUGCUCUUUGUCAAGAGUAUAGAGAGCUCAAGAACCGUGGUUUUGAUAUGGGGAUUGGUUGGCAGGCAAACAUGGAAAGGCAAAACAGAGGAAUCACCAUUGCUCCUGUUGUUGGAGGAAUGUCCCGAUGAUCGGAACACACCAAGCUAGCUGCAGAUAUGAACACCUAAUAGGCUGUAUUCGUUAUGCUAAUUUUACUGUUUUCAUUUAUUAUAUUGUUUUUGGCUUAUUGUAAUCAUCGGAUCAAUAAGGAUCCUUCUCACUUUCAGAAAUUUUAACUUUGGAGACAAAAGAAUGCUUGU